GUACCUCACACAAAUUAAAUACAUUUUAUAAAUUUAAUAACAAUGAUUGUCAAUCAUUGAGAAAAAAAUAAACGGCAGAAUAAAUUCUUGACUUUUCGAUUAAUUCUUAUUUUGUUUAAGGAGAAGUUUUCUAGUACUAAUUGAGAGAAAAAAUGACUACUAAAGAACCUGAUGAUUUUGAUAAUCAAAAUAGAUCAAAAGAACAUUUUGUGCACUUAUUUUUAUUGUACUUAAGAACUCUAUGGGAAAAUAUAAAAACAAAUGGUGAAAUAUUUUUGCAGCGUAUCGGAGCUUACGAAGUAUUAGAAUCAGUUGCCCAAAUGUCAGCAAAGCACCCGUAUUUGGCAUUAGUAGUCUCUGUUUUAAUUGCUACAUUUGUUCUUCCAUUUUUAAUUAUAUUUGGGUUUGCCUUGCUUGUCGUGAUAUUAACGUUUACAGGAUUUAUAUUAAUCGAGGGUACUUUAAUCACUAUUGUCUCAGUUUUAUUAUUUGGUUGUUUGGCAGCUGUAUUGUUGGUCCUUUUAUUUUUUGGUGGACUUACACUUGCUAGUUAUUUAGGAUUUAUGCAUGUGUUUGAUCUUUAUAAUGGAAUCAAUAAGACUGCGAUUAAAAAUUUUUUGAAAAAAGAAAAUUCACGAACUUAAGAUUUUGCUAGCCAAAAAUUCUUUUACAUUUAGAUCAUCAAUUACUAAGAAGUAAAAAGGAAUCUCAUAACUUUAUAUUCGUUAUAAAUAUUUGUUUGUAUCUAUUUAACGAUAAUUUAAAUAACUUACUUAAAGUUGCAAAACAUAGUAUUAAAAAUAAAUUUCUUGUAUUAAUAUGCCGUCUAUCAA